ACCGGGCUAGUCCGUCGACGCACAAGGUCCGCGCAGCUUCGCUUCCGGUUGGGACUGUGGAAAAAUGGCAGCUGCCGUAGCGGCCUCGGCUUUGCCAGGCGCUUUCGGGCGGCUGGUGUCUGUGUGUAGCCGCAGCAUCCUGGAACGCUCGGGACCCGGAGCUGCCUCCCUCUGGUCUGCUUGUCGAAGGUUCACUUCACAGAGUGCUUCGUAUCCGCAAGGAUACGUUCCUAAGACGUCCCUGAGUUCACCACCCUGGCAAGAAGUGGUUCUACCGAACCCUGUUGAAGAGACCAGACACCACGCAGAGGUUGUGAGGAAGGUGAAUGAGCUGAUCGCCACGGGACAGUAUGGCCGGCUCUUUGCUGUUGUGCACUUUGCCAGCCACCAGUGGAAAGUGACAGCCGAGGACCUGAUUCUAAUUGAAAAUGAGUUGGACAUCAAGUGCGGAGAGAGGAUUCGGCUGGAGAAGGUCCUGCUGGUCGGGGCAGACAACUUCACACUCCUUGGCAAGCCACUCCUCGGAAAGGAGCUCGUACGAGUUGAAGCCACAGUCAUUGAAAAGACAGAAUCAUGGCCCAAAAUCAACAUGAAAUUUAGGAAAAGGAAAAACUUCAAGAAGAAAACAAUCACCGUGAACCCACAGACCGUCCUCCGGAUUAACACCAUUGAGAUUGCGCCUCGAUUGCUGUGACCACAGAGUGGAUAUCUAGGAAGCACAAAAACAAGCUCAGGUCUGCACUCAGGAGGCUGAGGCAGGAGGAUCACAAGUUCCAGACAGGCUGGGCUACACAGCCAGACCCUGUCUGAUGAUGAAAACAAAUAAAAUGUUUCAUAGGA